AUGAGCCUUCAACACAACAGGUUGGGGACAGAUGAGAGUCUGUACUCGAGGGUUUUACAGAAGUAAGACACUGCAGGAGAUGCUAUUCAUGACUCUGCCUCAUAGGAACCAAGUAUAGACACUCGGGUUCAGGCAGCGAAGACCCUCUACAAAUGCAAAGAAGGUGGGAAAGUGUUCAACAAGACCCCUCUCCUUGUUCAGCAUCAGCAGAUUCACACUGGAGUGAAGUCUGAUGAAUCACGGUGUGGGAAAGCCUUUUGUGAAAAGGUAGACUUUGCUUGACACUUGAGGAUUCACACCAGAGAGAAACCCUACCAGGGCAGCGAAUGUGGAAAGACCUUCCCCUUCCACUCUGUUUUUAUCUGAUACAGUAUGACCCUCACUGCCCAAAAGCCCUAUGAGGGUAAAGAAUGUGGGGAAGAUUUGUACUACAGCUUCUCCCUCACUCAACACACCAGGAGUCACGCUGGAGAGAAGCUCUACGUGAACGUGGAAAGGCCUUUGCCUGCUACUCUUUCAGCCGACGUAUGA